UUCAUAAUUUCCUGAGUCAUUCAAAUCUGAAACGAAACAACCCCGCUAGGCUACUAUACAUUUUGCUUGACGUUUAAAGUAUACUUAACAAUGGAGGGUUCAGUAUCAAAUGUGGAGGUCUGUAAUUUAGCUUAUACGGGGCAGUUUGAGAAAUUGAAACAGUGCAUUCUGUCAGAUAAAACGCUUGCCUGCAAAACGGACCAGGACUGUAGAACCGCCCUGCACUGGGCUUGUUCUGCUGGCCACACCAACAUUGUGGAGUUUCUGCUUGACCUGGGAGUCGAAGUGAAUCUGCAGGAUGAUGCUUUGUGGACCCCUCUUCACAUUGCAGCAUCUGCAGGCAGAGAAGACAUAGUGAGAUCUCUAAUAUCCAAAGGAGCUCAGCUGAAUUCAGUUAAUCAAAAUGGAUGCACCCCUCUGCACUAUGCCGCCUCUAAAGACAGAUAUGAGAUUGCCCUGCUGUUGUUGGAAAACGGAGCAGACCCCAAUGUCACCGACAAAUUGGAGUCCACUCCCCUUCACAGAGCAUCUGCAAAGGGCAACUACCGCCUCAUCCAGCUGCUUCUCAAACAGAGUGCCUCAACCAACAUCCAGGACUCACAGGGCAACACACCACUCCACCUGGCGUGCGAUGAGGAGCGUGUAGAAGCAGCCAAGUUGCUGGUGGAACAUGGGGCCAGCAUCUACAUUGAGAACAAGGAGGAGAAGACACCCCUCCAGCUAGCCAAGGGCAGUCUGGGCAACUUACUUCGUCGGAUUGUGGAGGGAUGAUGCAUUUACUGACCUACAGGUCAUGUUCCAGCUCGAAUCCCCACCAUCGCCAAGUUACAUAAUGAGAAUUCUCAUUCCAGUCGAUCGUCCCUGAGCGGCCUGGUGUGACACAUUCAGAUGUGUAACAGGUGGAAGAUGAGAGUGCCAGAGAGAAAAGUUGGACUGUACCACAUCCUGUUCCUCAGAUGGGGCAGUUAAACUGCUCAGACUUUGUUGUGAUGUCUGAUCAAAAACACUCUCUCCUGCACAAAGCGCAGUCUAUCCAAUGCUGUAACCUAUUUUCCAUUAAGUUUGAAUUGUUGCAAAAAUGACUAAAUAAAAAUCUGUUCAGCUUGUUGAUAAAGCA